AUGUCUCGAUGCGCAUUCUGCCGCACGUUUACUAUCACGCAGGACCGCUUCUAUCUAAAGUUCCAUCCAAAUCUUGCAUCACUGAAGAAAAGCGCAGAAGAUGGAUGCGAUUUCUGCCAUCUUUGCUGGAGAGGCUUCAAUCAUGAGUGGGCAAGCUCUGAGAUCGAAUCUGUCCUCAGAGACCAAGUUCCGGAAGGCGUGACCAAGUUUGAGCCAGGGAUAUGGAUAUAUGUGCAUUUUACUGACUUCAGCCCCACACUGUCACAGCCAUGGAUUAUUGUGUCGUGUGGGAGAUAUAAUCCCAUCACCUCAGUCAGGGAAAGCAGCCAUGGUCUCACUUACGUCAGCCUAGCCGUUUAUGGGAAAGAUGGCGAUGCGUCGGGUUCGCGAACACCUGGAAGGAUCUGCACAGCAGAAUAUGACCCUGAUUCCUAUAUAACCUUGACCCAGAAUUUCCUCGAGAAAUGUACAAGAUCCCAUCCAACCUGCAAGUUUGAAGGUAGGUACGAGAUGCCUACAAGGGUUAUCGACAUAGGCAACAAAGGUGACCGUCCACGACUCAUUGUCACUGGCCCCGACAUGAAGGAGGAAUUUGUUGCCUUGUCUUAUUGCUGGGGCCCUGCUACAGACACCUUCACUCUCAAUAACCACACAAUGAAUGAAAUGCUGAAGGGUAUCGAUGAGUCUCGACUCGUGGCGGCACAUCGUGAGACAUUAGGUCUGUCGCGACAGCUGGGCUUCCGAUAUAUCUGGAUUGAUGCUCUGUGCAUCGUUCAAGGUGACAAGCAAGAUUGGGAACGCGAGUCGAAACUCAUGGCUCGGGUCUAUGGCAAUGCAGCCCUCACCAUCAUCGCAGGAAGAUCCGCCGAUGCUCGGAACUCCUUCAUCACCAAUCAAUACAAACAACUUGCGCCUUGUUGCGAGUUUCCCCUUGCUGAUAGUGGAUCAGGAACCGUUCGUGUUGGUCUGUUCAGGUCUAGAGACUAUGGGAUCACUCAAACUCGCGGGUGGUGUUGUCAGGAAAGAAGGCUGAGCCGUAGAGUUGUCGUCUUCGGCGAAGAGCAACUCUUCUUCAUUUGCCGAAGUACCUCCCACUCAGAAGACUAUAUUUACCACAAAGACAGCACGGUAUCGCUCUAUGGACUCCUCAAUGCUACUGAUGGAGAUCCACAGCUGAGAAAGGAUCGACUACUGGAGUAUUGGGAUGCUGUUGUUGUGGACUUUUCUAAACGUCAGUUGUCUAACCCUCAUGAUGUCUUUGCUGCCCUUGCAUCUAUCGCAGCGCCAAUAUCCGAAGCUUUGGGGUCAAGGUACCUGGCUGGAAUGUGGGAGUGCGAUCUCAUCCGCUGUUUGCUGUGGCGGCCAGCGUACAGAGUGACGAAAUCACUCGGCUCGGCAACGAGGCCUAAGCCAACUAGAUUCGCACCCGCCCCUGUUAUCAGGGCUCCAUCUUGGUCUUGGGCUGCCAUCCAAGGUACUGUUAUGCUUGUACUACUUAGGCAAUUUCGAAGGAUGAAGAUAAAGGAUCAGAGUGGGGUGUUGUUGGCAAGGCCCAAGCAGCAAGGUUCUGACAUCUGGACGGUAGACACAUGCUGUGGAGCUGAUAAACUCCAUAUGCCGUCCUGUGAGUUACAGAUCUUGGGGCAUGUCCAAGAGGCUUUUGUCCUUCCCGAAACCCCAUCUCUCGACCUCCUCGACUCUAUACGACGGCAGUUUCAGAAGCCAAAAGCCACUUUUCGCCACGCAGUUCUACUUGGACGCAAACACGUCAACGGAAGUAACCUCAGCAAGGACCUGGAGACUUUUGUGGCUUUAGGAAUGUUUGACUUUGACGAUGAGGCUACCGAUAAAGUCUUCUGUUUGCAGCUUACAGUUGAAGAGGGGCUGAUGCUACGUAAGAACGACAAUGGGACGUUCCAGCGUAUUGGGCUGUUUCAACCAUACAAGGACGAUUGGUUCAAUGGUGUAGAAGAAACUGAAGUUAGGUUAGUGUAG